AUGUCGGCGCAACUUGCAUCUCUAGUGGGCAAGAAGAUUCUUGGAGAAACCGCACGGAACCAUUUUGGACAAGAGGACCCUUAUUUCGAAGAAGUCCCUGCCUCGCGCUUGCACCGCGCCUUCGGGAAGAAGACACAGAAGCGGCGUAAAGCCAUACCGCCUGGAUUAUCGGAGAAUGACAGCAAAGUUCUGACUCAAGUCAAAAGAAGAGCGUACCGACUUGACUUGUGUUUAUUCAGUCUGUGCGGAAUUCGCUUUGGCUGGGGAAGUGUUAUCGGACUGUUCCCUUUUAUCGGUGAUGGGGCGGAUGCUGCACUCGCCUUGAUGGUGGUGCACACCUGCGAUAAGAUCGACGGGGGCCUUCCAUCGCGGCUGCGGAUGAUGAUGCUUAUGAAUAUCGUCAUCGACUUUUUCAUCGGCCUGGUCCCUUUCAUCGGGGACGUUGCCGACGCUGUGUACAAGUGCAACACGCGAAAUGCCGUCCUCUUAGAGAAACAUUUGCGAGAAAAGGGGGCCAAGGCACUUGAGAGACAAGAGAGGAGGCACGAUGUGGAGGACAUGAGCUUGCCGGACGAGUUCGACCGGUAUGAUGAGGAUGCAUCGGGUGAGCCAUCCAGGCACAAAGGCCAGCCGCAUAGUAGGGACACUGAUGGUCCAGCGAAGCCUCAAGCAGCACGGCAUCCAAGGAGAAACCGGUCGCAAGGCCGAUGGUUUGGCGGAGGAGCUCGUCGGGAGGAGGACCUGGAGAGAGGAGUGAUUGAUAAUGCACAAUCAUCUCGGCGGACAAAAUAA